AUGUUCAACAUACACAAUGCGCACUAUUGGACUGAUGCGAAUCCCCGUGUUGUGCGGCCUGACCACUUCCAGACUAGGUUUAGUGUUAAUGUGUGGGCCGGAAUACUCGGCAACCGAAUUUUAGGGCCAGUGUUUUUAGACAGACUGAAUGCAGACACGUAUCUGCGUUUAUUACAAACCCGCGUGAGAAGAAUGUUGGAGCGUAUUCCUCUUGAAGAGGUAAGAGGGCUGCUUUUUCAACACGAUGGAGCACCACCUCAUUUCGCACUCAGCGUGCGUGAAUUUUUAAACGGUGUGUGGUACGGUGGUGACCGGUGGAUAGGUAGAGGUGGCCCAGUGCCAUGGCCUCCUCGCUCGCCGGAUUUAACUCCACUAGACUUUUUUUUGUGGGGUCGUGUAAAGGACCUUGUGUACGGCCAAACUGGGCAUGAUAUUAGAAGUGUGGAAGAACUAAAAAGGCGCAUCAAACGCGCAUUUAGACAAGUGAAAAAUGAAACAGACACAUUAAAUAAAGUGAAAAGACACGUAAGGAAGCGUGCCUUCAUCUGUGUGCAAAGUGAAGGUGGACUUGUGCAACAGUUUUGUAGAUAA